AUUUACAACCAGUUGUUGUUGACGUACUUCACUUCUUCGUUGACGUGCCGUUUCGGCUCCAUGUUAUCAUUGAAUUACAAAAAGGCACCCGCAGAUUUCAUUCUCCUGAGAUAAUGUUGGAGUGACAAGUGUGGUCUUCUUUCCGUUUCUGUGUGUCUAUCGUCGUCGAUUCGACGAGAGUCUUCUAUUUCAUCGUGUCGGAAACACCGGGGAAUUUUACUCUGGCGGACGGCGGGGGGACAGUUGUCGCUAUGCAGGAGAAGGGUGUGUCGGAAAAAGACACCGGUCCGCGUCGAAAGGGAUGCGAUCCCUUAUCGCAGACGGUGAGAGGGAGACUACAAAGCAGGAGACAGAAGCUCAAUGGCCAAAUCAACAAAGAGAUGAGAAUGAGAGCUGGUGCUGAAAACCUCUUCAAGGCUGCUAGCAAUCGGAAGAUUAAGGAGCAAGUUGCCAUGGAGCUUAGCUUCGUCAACUCUAACCUCCAGCUUCUUAAGGAGGAGCUAGCGGAGAUCAACAGUGAAGUUGAGGCUUAUCAGACAGAUACUUUCCUGAGGAGUGUCCCUCUUAUUCCACUGGGGCUGAAGGAAACUAAAGAUAUCCAUGUCAAGUUGGUGUUUCAGGAUUACAUUCUGGAACACUACAGUGAAGAUGGUGCAAACUACGAGGCAGAAAUCCAAGAAUUCAUGGAUCUCAGACAGGCAAUGCGAACUCCGAAGCGGACUACAGAGGGGGUGGAUUUGUUAUUUGAAUACUACAACCAGCUCUACUUCAUUGAGAAUCGAUUCUUCCCACCAGAUAGACAUACCAGUAUAUACUUGACUUGGUACGACGCUCUGACCGGCAUCCCUUCAGUGCAAAGAUCCAUCGCCUUUGAGAAGGGUAGCGUCUUAUUCAACAUCUGCUCCCUCUACACCCAGAUUGGUGCCCGACAGGACCGCAGCGAGCUCCAAGGCAUCAAAGAGGCUAUUGUUAAUUUCCAGAAGGCUGCAGGUGGCUUCCGAUACCUUGGGGAGAACUUCAGUCAUGCACCCAGUAUGGAUAUGAGUGCACCGGUGCUAGACAUGCUCGAGGCUCUGAUGGCGGGUCAAGUUCAAGAAUGCAUUUUUGAGAAGCGAGUACUUGGAGGCAUCGCUGAAGACAUCCAGACCAAUUUUGAAAUUGCCCAAGAAGCAGCAGUUGUUUCAGAUGCUUAUGGGAAGGUCCAUCGACUGAUGAUGCAUCCCAAAGUCAAAGAUUACAUUCCAUAUUCCUGGAUAUCCAUGAUGCUGGUCAAGUCACAACACUUCAAGGCAUCAUCACACUACUAUGCAGCUAUGGGGUACACAGAUACAAAAUCCACCUACGACCAAUCAACACUCGAGAGGGUCUUCCCUUCCAUCUACCUUGAGCCCAGAGCUCUACAAGUACCGAGGACACAAGAAGAACGCAAGAGACUAAGCAAGGCACACAUCCGCCAGGCGCUGAUGCUACAUGAGGAGGCACUACGGGUCCAUGGACUCUCUAAGAUGCUGAGGAAGAUUGACACUCUGGAGGAGGUUCUCCGACAGUCACAUGACCGCUCUAUGGGACGCUACACUGAGCUGGAUGAGGAGGAUGACUUCUUUGAGAUGAUGGACGUACCAGAAAUUAGAGGUGAGACGCAACAGGUUCCCAAACCAACACCACCAGACUUCACCAUUGUCAAAGUCAAGGACAUCUUCCAUACAUUGGGUCCUCUUGCAAUCUUCAAUGCAAGAAAUAAUUGGUCAGCACCACGUGUGGUUGACAUCCAGCGAGGCAUGGAAGGGUUUGGUUUUACAGUCAGAGGGGAUUCUCCUGUCAUCGUUGCAAGCGUUGAUCCUGGUUAUGUCGCUGCGGCCAGUGGCGUUAAAGAAGGUGACUUCAUCAUCGGAGUGAAUGACGACAGCGUCAAGUGGGCUAAACACGGUGACGUGGUCAAACUCAUUCUGGGCUCGCAACGUCUUAGAAUCGAACUUGUAACUCCUCUCAGCACAGACUUCCUCCACCCUCAGGACAAGCGUCGAUUAAACUCCAGCGACUCGGCCGGGUCGAGUCAGAUGGAUCUUAAUGAAUCCAUCGCCUCUGGGUCUUCCACGUCAGAGAGACGGCAACAACCUUCACCGAAAAAGGCUGCCAAGGAGAACCCCAACGGGGUCAAGAGUCCAGGGAGAGGAAAGGGGUCUGAGAUCAGUAACGGUAGUCUUCCAAAGGGGGUGUCUAUGAAUGGGAAAAGUAGUGUAGGAACUGGGAAGAAGAAGGAUAGGGCGAAUAAGGGAAAAGGUUCCGAUAAGGAAGGUGCAAAGAAGGCAAGAGGGGUGCUAAACAGCAAGGCAGGGCUUUGGUAAAAUGUUGCUGAGUUGAUUUAGUUUAAUCUUUGCAGCACAAAUUAACCUCGCCAAACACCUAUCCAAUUACCAUUCUUGUGUUCAAGUUACCUUAGCAAUUCAUCACGCUGUGAACAUUUUUGUCAGUAAGGCUUGCAAAGUGAAAGUUAUUUAUUUCCUGCAACUCAUUCCAAGUCACUGUUUUAUUUUAACUUUGUUUCUACAGGAUUAUCAUUUGAGAUUGUAAAUCUUUUUAUAGAGUAAUUGAUUUUUUUUUUUUAACAGAUCACCAUCAUUUUUUUAAAUCUAGAUUUUGUAAUCAAAUUUAACAAAAAUUACCAUGUCUCAUAAAUUUAAGACUUUCAAUGAACAGAAUUGUGCAAAUGCUAUGAAUCUUUUAAGGCAUAGCUCUAUUCAUUCCCCUAAGUGGAAUUCCCCCUUUCUCCAGUUUUUAUAAUUUAACAAUGUUUUAAAAGAUUUUUGAAUUUCUUUUUUUAUGAAAUACUUUUUUUUAAUAGCAUAGUCUGAGUGUUUGGUGCUACACAAUACGACUAAAACUUACAAGUUAUUCUUGGGAUAAAAAAUAAGAACUACUGUGUAAAAUCUUGUUUUUGUAAACACAAUAUUUUAAAAGCUUUUUUAAACUUAGCAAAUUAAAUUGAUUUUUUGUGUGUGAAUGAAUUUUGUUGUGAGGUUUAAAUAACCAUUGUGAGAAUUCUAUGGCAACAAGAGGCUGACGUCAAUAUAUUUCUCUGGAGAUUGGGUAUACAAUCAUUAAAUUUAGCUUUCAGAUGGAAGUAUUUGUCUCGAUCAUUAUCACCCGUACUUAGUCUUUAAUGUUCACCAGGUACUUUCCAUUUUUCUUAAACACAAGUAAUCAGUAGCUUUGGUUUUCCUUUCCUUCAUUGUUAAGUUUCAUAUUUGUCAUCCAUAUUUCAAGUGAAACACAAAAAGAUUAUUUUUUUUUCUCAAAAACUGUUGUGAGGACCAUUGGCUGAAGAAAAGGAGUAAGUAAAGUUAGCUUCUGUUGUGGAAAUAGAAAAACUCAGUAUUAUCUGUACAUGUAUAUAUACAAACGUAGUCAGCACAGAUUUUAUACAUGUUAUUUUUUUGAAGCGAUAUUUUGUAAUAUACGUACUGGUCAGAAAAAGGAGGAAGUGAAGAGAAAAUGAAUUUUGUGAGAUUUGAAGUGGAAGCUGGAGGAAAUAUUGUAAAUUAACACUUAAACAAGAGUUCAGAGAUUUUAUAGUUAAAUUAUAACAGAUUCAUUCUAAACAAUAGUAUUUUGUGUAUUUGGCUCCAUAUCCUAGAGGUUUCUAACUGGAAUGCAAAACAGCGGUAAAUGUUCACUUAAAUUUGUUUAAGCUAUUAUUGUUAAUAACGUCUGCUCUGACUAUAAGGUAGUUUUUGUAUGGCUUUCUUAAAACUGCUUUUGCAUAUUUUGGAGCUCCUGUUAAAUGAUUUAGAGUGGUCUUCAGAGUUACUGUUUGCCAACAGAAAAUUCAUUGUUCAAGUAAAAUGUUUCUUUGUUGAUGUUGAUUUUUUUCUUUCCUUGUUUAAAUUUCUACACAUUUUUAAUUACCCGUUAAACUGCAAUUAAUAACCUUUCAGUACUGAGCCGACAAUAGCAUACAUUCCUAAAAACAGAUUGAUCCGUUUUUAAAUUUGUAUUCACUGGUUUUAUUCAAUGUUUUUACUUAAUUCAAAGCGUACUUGCAAUGCAAAAUGUAACAAAUAAUCGGUGGACCAAUUUACAAAGUAUCUUACAGGAUUUACACUCACACACAACAUUAUCCAGCAUUCUCAAGUCGGCUUACUCUCAAGAAAUGUUUUGCAGGAACCCAAUCUUGGUUUCUUCUAAUUGAUAAUUAGAAAGGGGGUAUUCAAACAAAACUUGUUGACUGGAAUGAAUCAUUAUCCUGAUACUAGAGUUAUGAAUUUACAAUUAACAAACAUAGCCAUUAAUAUUAUUCUUAUAUGUAGUCCCAUUGUUAUUACAUUUUCUAAACUUCCACUGUAUAAAUCAAAUUAAAUCAACCGAUGGAAUCGUAUAACGGAUCUUGACAUAAAUAAUUGUUAAUCAUUCAAGGAACCAAAUCCCAACUUCAUAGAGCUGCUAUAGCAGAAAAUUAUGUCAACAAUUCUAUGCUUAGCAAAAAUAAGCAGAAAACCAUUUUAAAGAUAGUACAUGUACAUGUACAUGUGACUUGUUAUUUUGGUUGGUACCCUUAUGUUAGUAAACAUAAUUUAGUUGUGCUUAGCUACUUUUUGUGCUUCAGUAAGCACAGAACAAUGUUGCUUACCGGAUUAAGAUUACCAGGCAAAAUACCGUUCCACAUGUACUGUCUUUGACUGCUUCUCAAGUUAAAGAAAAUUUUGUUAAAGCACAAUUUUCUGCUUAAACCCAAUUUCCGAUUCCCAUUUCCCCUAUUGUAAUUUGAUAUACAUACCCAUUUAUUCAAAAAACAUUCACAAAACACCUGUAUGAUAUAAUCAAGAUAUUAAUGACAUGUAUUCCCUAUGAAUGAAUUUGAACUACUAGAACUGGUUGAUAUGGAAGAGAAGAUGUUGAUUAUAUAUUUAUAGCAAGUGUGGAUUUGAAUGGUAAAAAAGGCUGUAACAAUUGUAAAUAGUCAAUAAAUGUAUUAUUUUGAUAUAAUAAAUUCUGCAUAUUAUAUGCUCACAUUAAA